AUGGUACAGCUGAGGAACAAGUCCGGAUUUGGUUGGAAUAAUGUGAACAAAAGAGUUGUUGUCGACGAUCCAAGUAUAUGGGAAUCUCAUAUCAAGGAUAAUGUCAAGUGGACAAGAUUCAAGAAGAAUGGAUUUCCUCAGUAUCCUGAGCUUUGUAUUGGUUUUUGUGGUACAUAUGCUACUGGGGAUCAUGCCAUAGGAAGUGCUCAAGAUGUGAAUGUGUCGGAUGAUGAUGACAAUGGUGAUGACAAUGUAGGUGGUGACAACAGUGGUGGUGAUGCAAAUGGUGUCAAUGCAGGUGGUGAUUAUGAUGGUAGCAAUGCAAAUGAUUUCAUUGGACACCACAGUGAUGACAGACUCUUUACAACAGACGAUGCUAGAACUUCAGUUCGUGGAAAGCACAAAUUGGAUAGAACUCCAAAUAAUAAGCGGAGAAGAUAG